AAUCAGAUCCCUACCCACCAGCCCACUGACUCAAUUUUUAUUUAUAAGCGACAGGCAAUCACACAUGGUCGGCAGGUUAAGUUAUUCAUGUAUUCCAUCUUAAUUAAUACCCUGUCUUGAUUCAGUGUGGGUGAGCCAUAACUCCUCCAAUAUAAACAACAACAACAACAAGAAUGCUUGCAAUGCCAUAGAAAUUAAACCAUGGAGAAACAAGAGAAGCAAAAGCCAAACAGCAAGGAAGGAACUAGUGCUGGUCAGAGAGUGAUGGUGAUGCUGAUGACGAGAAGGAAUCAUGCAGCACGUAAAGCUGGUCGUCAAGAAGAGAGGGAUGCCAAUGCCGGCGCCGGUGUGCGCAUGAGUGUGACACAGGGGAGGAAGUCAUUGUCUCAAUUGGAAUUCAAUGCGGCGAGUGUGGCUGCAUUCCUUGGUGUGAAGGUGAUGGCCGCUGACAUGCCUGACUUCAUGCAAGUGCAUGCAUUCAGAUGCGCAAGAAGAGCUUAUGAUGAUGUGCACAUUGACAACAAGUUCAGCUCCAAGAAGAUGGCUCAUGACAUUAAGAAGGAAUUUGACAAGGUGUACGGGGUGACAUGGCAUUGUGUGGUUGGGACGAGCUACGGGUCAUUUGUGACGCAUUCCACAGGCUGUUUUCUCUACUUCUCAGUGGAGAAGAUGCUUGUAAUGUUGUUCAGGACUAAAACUCCAGCAAUGGCAUCAUCUUAGAUUAGUAACAGUGUAUAUCUCUCUCUCUCUCUCUAUAUAUAUAUAUAUGUGUUGGAUGUUUUACAGAGUUUUCUGGCGGAUGAUACAUGUUGAACAUCUAAAACAGAGGACUCUUUUCCCACUUUUCAUGUCUUGUCAGUUCAGGAGACAAACUUAACUUUGUGGCACAUAUAUAUGUCUACAACAUGACAGAUGAGCAUGUCAUCUUGUAUUAUUUGCAUUCAUUGUAUGUUCUUCUUUCUCUGCAGAUCUGCAAGUUUCUGGCUCUCUUUGUCCCGAGACAAUGUGAUUGAAUGAGAAUCUUGUUCUCUUCUCA